CCGCGCCGGCCCUUCUUUUCGCCUCCUUGGGAGUCACAAGAUCGCUCAGCGGCCUCCUUUUGGGAUCCUUCCGCCGUGCCCGCCCCCUACCUAAAAAAAAUGUCCCUCGAUUUUUCUUCCCCUCAGCCAGUCCGCAUCAUCAGACAUGAGAAUGACCGCCUGUUACAUCCGGAGAGGUUGCUCAUCUCGGUUAUCUCUCUUUAGGCUCAAGGGGCAGGCGGCGCCCGGCCGGGGACUCUUUUUCGUGGCGGAGGCCGCAGCAGCCGUGGACGCUUCACGACGGGGGGAGGGGCUGUACGUCCAAGAUGGCGGCGCCCUGUAGGCUGGAGGCACUGUGAGGUAAACAGCUGAGGGGGAGGAGACGGUGGGGACCAUGAAAGACACCAGGUUGAGAACAUUGGAAACUAAAGUCCCAAUUACCCCCAGAACAGUCUGGUAGUGGCCCUAUGAAGAGCCGUCUGAGCCUUUAAUGCAAGUCCUGGAGCCAGCACAGCAUAGGGGCGUGAGAGAAUGGCCCAGCCAGCGAAUGUUGGGGAGCUGCUCUCCAUGCUGGAUUCUCCCACGCUGGGUGUGCGUAACGACGUGACGGCUGUCUUUAAAGAGAACCUCUACUCCGACCGUGGUCCUAUGCUUGUAAACACCUUGGUGGAUUAUUACCUGGAAACCAAUUCUCAGCCAGUGUUGCACAUCCUGACUACCUUGCAAGAACCGCAUGAUAAGCACCUUCUGGACAAAAUCAAUGAAUACGUGGGCAAGGCUGCUACCCGUUUAUCCAUCCUCUUGUUGCUGGGGCACGUCGUGAGACUGCAGCCAUCGUGGAAGCAUAAACUCUCUCAAGCACCUCUUUUGCCUACUUUACUAAAAUGUCUCAAGAUGGACACUGACGUCGUCGUCCUCACAACAGGUGUCUUGGUGUUGAUCACCAUGCUACCAAUGAUUCCACAGUCUGGGAAGCAGCAUCUUCUUGAUUUCUUUGAUAUCUUUGGCCGUCUUUCAUCAUGGUGUCUGAAGAAACCAGGCCACGUGACGGAAAUCUACCUUGUCCAUCUCCAUGCCAGUGUUUAUGCCCUCUUCCACCGCCUUUACGGAAUGUAUCCCUGCAACUUUGUCUCCUUUCUGCGUUCUCACUACAGUAUGAAGGAAAACUUGGAGACUUUUGAAGAAGUGGUCAAGCCAAUGAUGGAGCAUGUGCGAAUUCACCCGGAAUUAGUGACUGGAUCCAAGGACCAUGAACUGGACCCUCGAAGGUGGAAGAAGUUAGAAACUCACGAUGUUGUCAUAGAGUGUGCCAAAAUCUCUCUGGACCCUACCGAAGCCUCGUAUGAAGAUGGCUACUCUGUGUCUCAGCCGCUCUGCACCCGCUUCCCUCACCGUCCCGCAGACAUCACCACAAGCCCUUAUGUAGACACGCAGAAUAGCUAUGGGAAUGCUACUUCCACCCCUUACUCCACCUCCCGGCCGAUGCUCUUCAGUACGCCAGGGCAGCUAGCUCAUUCUUUGAGUUUCCCAUCGACACGGCCGUUACCUGAGCCGCCACAAGCUACUCUUUGGAGCCCGUCUGUGGUUUGUGGUAUGACCACUCCCCCAACAUCUCCUGGAAAUGUCCUACCUGAUUUGUCACACCCAUAUAGUAAAGUCUUUGGCACAACUGGUGGAAAAGGAACUCCCCUGGGAACCCCCGCAACCUCUCCUCCUCCAGCCCCACUCUGCCACUCGGAUGACUACAUGCACAUCUCGCUCCCCCAGGUCGCAGCCACACACCCCCGGAAGGAAGAGAGAACAGAAUCUACACGGCCAUGUCUCCACAGACAACCCCAUCUUCCGAAUGACAGAGGAUUAGAAGAGCUGGCCAGCACCAAAGGCUCCGUCACUCUGAGUGAUCUCCCGGGGUUUCUAGGCAAUCUGGCCUUGGAGGAAGACAGCAUUGAAAAAGAUAAGGAGGAAGCUGCAAUAUCUAAAGAGCUUUCUGAGAUCACUACCGCAGAGGCUGAGCCUGUGGUUCCUCGAGGGGGCUUUGACUCCCCCUUCUACCGAGACAGUCUCUCAGGUUCUCAGCGGAAGACACACUCGGCUGCCUCUGGGACCCAGGGCUCCAGCGCGAACCCUGAACCUUUACACUCCUCCCUGGACAAGCUUGGGCCCGACACACCAAAGCAAGCCUUUACUCCUAUAGACCUACCCUGUGGCAGAGCUGACACCAGCCUUGCUGGGGACAGGGACCGCCAGACUUCCUUGGAGACCAACAUCCUCACUCCCAGCCCUUGCAAAAUUCCACCUCGGACGGGAGUGGACUUUGGAAGUGGGAAGCCUCCCCCGUAUGACCAUCUCUUUGAGGUGGCCUUGCCAAAGACUGCCUGUCACUUUGUCAGCAAGAAGACUGAGGAGCUGUUAAAGAAAGCAAAAGGAAACCCGGAGGAAGACUCCACACCCUCUACCUCCCCAGUGGAAGUACUGGAUAGACUGAUACAGCAGGGAGCAGACGCACACAGCAAGGAGCUUAGCAAGUUGUCCUUACCCAGCAAGUCUGUCGACUGGACCCACUUUGGAGGCUCUCCUCCCUCGGAUGAGAUCCGCACCCUCCGAGACCAGUUGCUUUUACUGCACAACCAGUUACUGUAUGAGCGCUUUAAGAGGCAGCAGCAUGCUCUUCGGAACAGGCGGCUCCUCCGCAAGGUGAUCAGGGCCGCGGCUCUGGAGGAGCACAAUGCCGCUAUGAAAGAUCAGCUGAAGUUACAAGAAAAAGACAUACAGAUAUGGAAGAUGAGUCUACAGAAAGAACAAGCCAGGUACAGUCAGCUGCAGGAGCAGCGUGACACCAUGGUGACCCAUCUCCACAGCCAGAUCAGACAGCUGCAGCAUGACCGAGAGGAGUUCUACAAUCAGAGCCAGGAGUUACAGACAAAGCUGGAAGACUGCAGGAACAUGAUUGCGGAGCUUCGGGUGGAGCUGAAGAAGGCCAACAACAAGGUGUGCCACACGGAGCUGCUGCUCAGUCAGGUCUCUCAGAAGCUCUCCAACAGUGAGUCAGUCCAGCAGCAGAUGGAGUUCUUGAACAGGCAGCUGUUGGUGCUUGGGGAGGUCAACGAGCUGUAUUUGGAGCAACUGCAGAACAAGCACUCAGACACUACCAAGGAAGUGGAAAUGAUGAAAGCUGCUUAUCGGAAAGAACUAGAAAAAAACAGAAGCCACGUUCUCCAGCAGAAUCAGAGGCUUGAUACCUCCCAGAAACGGAUUUUGGAACUGGAAUCUCAUCUGGCUAAAAAAGACCACCUUCUUCUGGAACAGAAGAAGUACUUGGAGGAUGUCAAGGCCCAGGCAAGAGGACAGCUGCAGGCAGCGGAGAGCAGGUAUGAGGCUCAGAAAAGGAUCACUCAAGUGUUUGAGUUGGAGAUCUUAGACUUGUACAGCAAGUUGGAGAAAGACGGCCUCCUGCAAAAGCUCCAAGAGGAAAAAGCAGAAGCAGCAGAAGCCGCAGAAGAAAGGCUUGACUGUUGUAACGAUGGCUGCUUGGAUUCCACGGAAGGGCACAAUGAAGAGGCAUCUGGGCACAAUGGUGAGACCAAGACCCCCAGGCCUGGCGGCACGCGGGGGAGUAGUGGAGGCCGAGGAGCCGCAGGCGGUGGCAGCAGCAACAGCAGCAGCGAGCUGUCCACCCCGGAGAAACCCCCAAGCCAGAGGGCAGGCCCCUUCAGUCGGAGGGAAGCCACCAUGGGUGAGCCCAGCCCUGGCAUCCCAACCGUCGGUUCACUGCCCAGUUCAAAAAGCUUUCUGGGCAUGAGGGCCCGAGAGUUGUUUCGAAACAAGAGUGAGAGCCAGUGUGAUGAGGACGGCACCGCCACCUGCAGUCUCUCUGAGAGCCUAAAGACGGAGCUGGGCAAAGACUCGGGUGUGGAAGCCAAGACUUCUCUGAACCUAGACGGCCCACACCCUUCCCCCCCGAGUCUGGACAGUGUUGGACAGCUUCGUAUCAUGGACUACAAUGAGGCUCACCACGAACACAGCUAAGGGGGAGAUCAGUCAGUGUUAACGCGCGUCUUGUUGGCAUAGAACAGGAGGUGUGAGUGCGUGUUCAAGGCGUUCCCGUCUCCAGAGUUUGAGUGGUUAUUCACGCAUGGAAGUGGGAGAGAGGUCUUUUGACAUCUGACCGAAUGUGGAACGGUUUUCAGAUCUGGCAUUGAAAUGCCUCUUCACCUUCCCCUCACCCUUGCCCCUAAACCUCUCAUUUACCUAUCAGUGUGUAAUAAUCGAGGGCCAGUUGGUGUUCCUCAGUAGCUUUAUUUUCUUCCUUCUCCCCAAAAUGGUUGCGUCCUUUGAACCUGUGCAAUAUGAGGCCAAAUUCCACCUUGGAGUCUGACACCACUCUGCUUUCCUGAAGCUCAGGUCGCUGGGCAGUUCUCGGUUAGACCAGGCGGUUGGUAGCAUUGCAGGUAAGUCCGGUCUGUCCCUUGAGUGAGGGUAUAGCCUGCAGAGCUGAUUGUCUUUACACGAAAGUAUCUGUGGGAGACUUUCCCAUGUUUUUUGGUCCUGAAGUUCAGCAUCUGCAGCAGCGGAUCUAGAAAAUAAUGGUUCAUUCAUUCUUCCGUUCCUUUGGCGGUUCUGAUACGCUUGGAGGGUGUUGUGUGUGAACGAGCACCUGCUGUUUCACAAGUGCACUGGCACUGUGGAGGCCACACUUCCUCGUCCUUUGGGAAAGCUCUUGUCCCUCCUUCCCCCACUACCUCUUAUUUAUUUGGUGUUUGCUUGAAUGCUGGUACCAUGCUGAGCCCAGGCAGGUGCGGGGGCAGCAAGCUUGUGCCCCCAGGUGGCAGGAAGGUCACUUGGAGGGGUACCAGGAGCUCUUGCAAGGGGAGCUGCACCUUUUGGCCGCUGUCAUCUAGCUGAGUCCCUGGUUUAGCCCUUUGGUCUGGCUGCCUUCCCUUGAGUUCCCUGCACCUCAUGUGUGUCACCUGCUCCGUGACGCCGCAGCAGAGAGGCCAUGAAGGUCCAGAGUUUCUUCAGAGCUUACAUGACCCAUUUUUCAGGCUGGGGUUGCCUCACUACUGUUAGUCAGUGCUGAGUCACCAGAAGGUAGCAGCUUUUUUCACACCAUUUAUAACUUCCAAGGCUGGCUCUCUCAGGAGCUUGAUGUCACCCUGUCCCACAUCAAGAAUGGCAGAGCAACCAAAAGCAGAGUCCGGGACAGAGUCGGCAGAGGCCGACUGCCUGUACCCACUGGGCUGCCCCACACGGACAUUAGAGGUGACACCAAUCAGACACUGGUGUCGUAGGGAAUCCAAACCCAGCAAAUGCUCCUGAAUAGAUGCCGGAAGCCUAAGAGCUGGUGUCUGGUAUUCCAGCCCAGCCCAGGAGAAACUUGGCAGAAAAGAGCCCUGUUUCUGUUCUUUCAGAGAAAAGGGUUCAACCAUGAAGAAAAAGAACCCAGUGGUACGAAAUCGUAACUGUCUGUGGAAGCUUCCUGCACACGAGGGGACAAGUCUUCUCUUUUUUUAAGUGUGUGGCUAGCAUCCCUGGCUAACAGGAACAAACCGUUGGAGACUCUGUGUUACCACCGUGAUAGUGGUGAAGACCUGCUGGGGACAGGACUUGUGGUGUGACUGACCAACACCCAGCCUGAGGGAGGGCGUGGCCCUGCUGCCUCAGCCCCACGGCUGGUGGCUGUCUGCAUGAAGCACCAGCAAGGCCACACUUCUAAUCCAGCUUCAUCCAAAGGAAAGCUUACAGUCCAGUACGUCCUGGCUUCCUGGUUCCGUAUUGGAGAAGGACAACAUGAACAAAUUCAGAACAAGAAGGAAAUGUUACAGAUUAGCUAUUGAAAUCAGUUUGAAAUACUUUUCCCCUCCUGAAAUCUAAGAGAUCUGUGCCACAGAACAAAGAUACAGGCACUUGCGGCAAAGCCUUUACCUUAACUAGCAAAGGAAAAUGUAAGAAAGAAAAAUUGAUUUUGAAGACAGAUUGUGAACUACAGGGAAGGAAUGACGCAGCGUGGUCACAUGGAGGCUCUGCGGUCUGCUUGGGUGCUCGGCACAUCUCCACCCCAGCGGGCCGUCUACCCAGCUUUCCAGCCCGGCGGGCCCAGUGUGUUUGUGCUCACACCUCUUUAUGUUUUAGGAGGCCAUAGUUUUAUUUAACUGAGCUGCAGAGGUUGAUACUUAGAGCCAUGGUGAAGUUGCUCUACUGAAAACGUAGGCUUUUAUGUUGCAGAGGACCCAGUGUCGAUGGUAGAGCAUGCUCUGGUCUUGGAAGUGGUAGACCCGCCAAGACUUCAUGUGCUGCUGGAUACUGCGUCACUCGCUGGUGCUGCAGGCAGGUGUUGGGAGGACAGAAAGGCGAUAGGUAGGAGCAGAACUCCGGAGGCGAAUGAGGUCUGCACAGGGGCGUGAGAACAGCUCGUGGGACAGGCAGCGCCUAUCUUGACACUUACAAGCCUAGGGUCUGUCCUGUUGGGACUGGGCGGCCUCCAUCCUAAGUCACUGUGAUCCCGCAUUGUGAGGGCUGAGAUGCCUAACUCUUACUCCUCCUGACACCAGCCAGGGUCGGCAGGGCUGCAGGGAGCCUAGGUCUGUGUCUCAUUCAGCAUGAAAUCUGUUUAGAAAGAAGUGCAGCGGUAUUGUCUGGGGCGUGUGGGGGAGGAAGGAAAAGGAGUAGGAAGGUAUAGAGGAAAUGAGCUCCUGGAGCUGCUCCAGGAAAUACAUGCAUCUCGGAUAGAACCUUCGUGGGGUUUUAAGAAGCUCCUGAUAAGGCUGCGCCAUUAAAUCUGUAAAAAUCAUUACUGUGGAACUAGAGAAAUAUAUGGUGAUGAAUAUAAGAAAGAAACGAAAGGGUGGUGUUGGGGUCAUUUCUUGGCUCCAGAGGUUCUAGGAGGAGCCCUUGGAGGUGAGUGCUCAGACAGUGUCACUAAGGCGGCCAGUGACUUCUCUAUGUUUGCUGUGGCUUCCAGGAGCAGGUGCUGCCUGGCUGCUGGGCAUGGGCUGCAAAAGACACUUGCUGUAUAUGAUGUGGUCAGGGGCCGGCGGCCCAAACCACUCUUAGAAUGUACUUUGUGAGCCCAGGCAAAGCUUCUGGAAGCCACUGACAAUUAGAAAAACUAGCUUCCUCCUAACCUUCCCACCACAGUCAGAGGCCAGAACUGCCCUGGGCAAAAAAAGCAACCAACCCCCAGACAGCAUUAGCAGCAGCUUGUUUGCAGUGCUCUCGUUACGAAAGGUGGAAACUGAGCCAUGGUCCAGAGAGAGGGUGCAGUGGCUGUGUGGGGAAAGCACCCGUGGCCGGACCACAGAACUCAGACUGGCAUUGGGGGUAGAAAAGUGGGUACAUGUUUCUGUGCCAACAGUAAAACGAGUGUGCUAUGGCCAGCUGAUGGAAAUGUCCACCAAGUACCAGGACCUACCACUUGCGGCCAGUCAGAACUGGAGGCCAGACGGAAGUACCAGGAGGGGACGCCUGGUGUUUCUCGCUGAGCACAGAGGGAGUGGGAGGUAGUGUGGACAGGCUGGGGAGCUUGGGCACAGUGCCUGGCCCAGCCCCACUGGAGAGGCCUGCCCCGCUGGAAGCCAGCGCAGGGUGCAGAGCCCUGGGCCACACCUCACACUCUGCAAGGUGCAGGCUCUGAAAGGGCCCUCCCUGAAUGUUGGGAAACUAACCCAGUCUGAGAAGGACCAUGGAUCUGUUUACAUCUACAUCUAGAGCUCUGUGACACAGGCCCCUCCCCCAGACUGCUGCAGUCAUCGAUGGCACUCGAGCUUUUCUCAUAGGUGAAAGAGCAAGUUUAGGUCAGGGCCUGGCCCUGACACUGCUCCCGAGAUCCUUAGCCCGUGUGGCUUGUUUUCUCAUCUGAGACUCCCAAUGAGCUCGGGGCAGCUGGUGUUUCCAUGGUUGCCUUGCAGUCCUGCAGUCUGUAAAUGCUCACGUGAGACGAGUGGCUGCAGCUACACGGGAGCCCCCUCCCAGUUCCCUGCAGCGCACCCCCCCCCCCGCCAACUCCCCAACCACUUUUGGCUUUGAGAUGAGUUCGUGAAGCCCAGGGAGAUUUGCUGCCCUUCGCGGUGCUGCCCCGUUCUCCUCGGUCUGGGGGAAGGAGGCUGGGGGACCGUUAGAGGAGGUCUUUCAGAGGAGACCCCAGGACCCCACACACUUGCACAGUGUUGGACGGGAGGGUGUGGUGCUGUGUAGCACAUACUCUGGCUCAUCAGAGAGGCAGCCAGGCAUUUUGCACUAAGAAGAAUCAGUGAUCUCUCUUUAGAAAACGCCUGUGGACCACAAAUACAUUACAGAGGAACAGGUUUUGCUAAGCUAAAAUCUAGUUUUAUAACUCAAUCAUGGAUGAACCAUAUGUGGGUAACUUGCAGUUUAAAGGGAUCUCAUCAGUGAAAAGAACUUGAUUUUUUUAAACAGACUGCUUUUAGUUAAAUGGAAGAAAGUCACUUCUUGUCAGAAGGUUUAAACUUUCCUGCCUUGAUCUUAAAAGCAUGUCAAACAGUCCACAUCAGAUGCCAUAAAUAUGAAUUACAAGAGAACAUGGUACAAUCUCAGUGAAUGGGAAUUGGAAUCAGAAGGGUUUGCUGUCUUUCUUAGGAUGUUCUGAAAUGUCGAGGCAGUUGCUUGUGUUUAACUGUGAACAAAUAAAAAUUUAUUGUUUUGCACUAC